AUGGACGAGUCGGGCCUGUUGGCCAUUGGCACGAUCCUGGAACUGCCCAAGAAACCAGUUCUGAAGCAAUACUUGGACGUGUACUUGUCAUCUCACAUGUACAAGAUUUUCCCAGUCAUUGACUCAUCUCUUUUCUCUCUUACGAUCCAAGCGGCAUAUCAACCGAGAGGCCUUGGGUCCAGUAUCCCGAAUCCCAGCGCGCGAGCAUGCGUAUUUGCCUUCAUGGCGUUCGUCUCUUGCUUGGGUCAGCUUGAUACCUGCAGUAAUGUCCCACGGCCUCCUACUCCAUGCAGAGAGUACAUUAUCCAAGCGCGAUCGCUCUUGCCCGCUAUUAUCCAAGAGCCGCUUAAUCUGGACGCGUUACAAACAGCUCUCAUACUGGCAGUUAUUAGCUCUCUUACCGGCGAAGUGCAAACGGCAGUAUACCGCAUAUCCGUUGCCGCGCGUUUUAUUAUAGCUUCCGGGGCGCAUACAAUGACAGAUGAAGUGGCUUCUACCGGCACCUCAGAUGUAAUUGUUAGACGACACCUCCGUACCCUUUUUUGGCUUUGUUACGCCCUCGAUAAAGACCUCGCACUUCGUACAGGCCAAGCCCAUGUCCUCAAAGAUGAUGAUUGCGCCCUUGACCUCCCACCAGCCUACCCUGAGCACCUCCACCUAUGCCUCGAUCACUCGCCUGGGACCGACACCGACAUCAGCGGUCCAAUCUUCCCCGUUGAACUGCGUCUGAGCAUGGUCAAAUCCCGAGCGUUUACAGCCCUUUACUCGCAUAAUGGUCUCCGCAAAUCGGACACCGAACUCAUCCGGUCAAUCCGCGAACUCGACGAAGAGCUCGAGUGCUGGAGAAUAUCUCUGCCUCCGCACCUCCGACCGCAGCUGUCUUUCGCACCAAGACAUGACAAGCCGAAAAACACCUUCCUAAUCCUCACCCACAUGAACUACUAUUCCUGUGUCAAUCUAAUUCACCUCGCCAGUAGCCGAUGCAGCGCCUGGCGCUCGCCUUCCACGGAGGGAGGCGCACUUAUACAUGGGCUGCAAUCAAGCCUCGCACUCGCUGUUGAAGCCAGCCGCUCAUUACUCCUUUUCCUGCAGGACUCCGAAUUCCGAGUGAGUACAGGGAGUUUCUGGGCCCUCCUCUUCUAUUCCAUGUCUGCGGUCAUUACGAUAUUUUGCAAUAUACUCGAGAACCCUGGUGCGGAGGGUGCGGGAAGCGAUAUGCAGCUUCUUUUUCUAGCUGAACAAACGACCGCACGACUAUAUCUGCGACGAGAUAAUCCAAUGGAUCGGGUCAUCGACUUACAGCCCAUUAGUGACUUUAUAUCUGGCUUACGGGAUCAUGCCCACCGGGCGAUUACUUGGGGAGUCGCACAUAGAGGGGAACUGGCAGGUGCCGCUAGUAGAACAAGAGGUGGUGAACUAGGAUGCUCCGCUUAG